AAAAAACCCAAACAAAAAAGAGAAAGAAAAAAGGUUCACAGACCCAAGUACAACCCAACAACACCCCCCUCGAACGUCCGUAAUCCCACUACCACCCCCACGUCCAUUUCAUCGAUUUUUCUCCUGAAGGAUGAUGGCUUUGCGUCAUCCCUUCCCAAUCUAAAAAAUCUCGGACGCCGACCCUUCUCCUUCCCCUGCAGAACCAUUUCUUGGUGGAUCGGCCGGCAGCUCCAAAAAAAACAAAAAACAAAAAACCCCACGUAGUCUCUCGAUCUAAAAGCGCCAAUAGUCUUGGCGGAUCUCAGCUUUGGAGUCUCCGCCACCUCGGGACCGUGUUCCGCGAUUGACUUGUGAAACCAAGUAUCUCCCAACUUCUUGUCAUGAAUCAACAUCUUGAAGUUCGUGGAAGUGAAAAUGGGGAAACCAACAGUCUACGUGAAGCUUGCAAUGGGGGCUUUGCUGAAGAAACUGAAAAUAAAUUGGAUGAAGUGUCCCUAUUAAAGAAUGGAUCUUAUGCUGACCUUCCUACCGCUAAGAUUUCUGAAUUGAUGAAACUGAAGAGUUUAGAGAAUUCUUCAACUCAGUCACUUUUCACUGUUGUGAAUAAGGUCUUGGAUGGCAGCAUUGAAAGAAAGAAUGGUGAUAUACCUCAGUGCACGGCAUUUCUGUUAAAAAGAGUCAUGCAAGAGAUUGAGCAGCGGGUUUCAACUCAAGCAGAAAAUUUCAAAACGCAAAACAAUCUUUUCAAGAUUCACGAAGAGAUGUGCAAACCAAGAACAAGAGUUCUUGAAACCCUCACAUCUGGAAUCUCUGAAGAAAAUGAGGUUGUUAUGAAUCAGCUUCAGCGAAUAAAGAUUGAGAAGAUUGAAAUCGAGGAUAAGAAACAAGUGGAAGAGCAAGACAUUAUUAGACUAAUAAAAGAGAGAGAAUACAGUGAUAUCCAGAUUUCAGUACUCAACCAAGAACUAGAACUGGCCAGAAAUACAUAUGAUAGGCAGUGCUUGCAACUUGAAACACAAGCUAAAGAAAUGAAAGUUGAGUUAGAGAAGAAGUUAACGGAUCUUGAGGGCCUUCUAACCGAUUCAAGGAAUAAAGUUAAAGAACUUGAGGUGUUUUCAAAAUCUAAAACACAAAGAUGGAGAAAGAAAGAACUCAGCUACAAGAGCUUUUUAGAUUCUCAGUCUGGAGUUCUUCAGGAUCUAAGGGUGGCUUCUGAAUCCAUAAAGCGAAAAGUUUUGAAGACACAAAAGGUCUACUCUGAAGAGUUUAAUCACUUGGGGGUGAAGCUAAAAGGACUAAUUGAUGCUGCCGAGAAUUACCAUAACGUCCUGGCUGAAAAUAGGAAGCUGUACAAUGAGGUGCAGGAUUUGAAAGGCAAUAUUAGAGUGUAUUGUCGAAUAAGGCCAUUCCUUCCUGGACAAAGUCAGAAACAGACUACGAUUGAAUAUGUAGGUGAGAAUGGGGAAUUAGUUGUCGCGAAUCCAUUAAAACAGGGGAAAGAUAGCCAUCGACUGUUCAAAUUUAACAAGGUCUUUGGUCCUACCGCUACUCAAGAGGAAGUGUUUGUAGACACACAACCAUUAAUUCGAUCUGUCCUUGAUGGCUAUAGUGUAUGUAUAUUUGCCUACGGUCAGACUGGUUCAGGGAAAACUUACACAAUGACUGGCCCAAAUAUACAAUCUAUGGAGCAUUGGGGGGUUAACUAUCGAGCUCUGAAUGAUCUUUUCCUUAUCUCUCAAAGUAGGAAAAGCUUCAUUGCAUAUGAAGUUAGUGUUCAGAUGAUUGAAAUAUAUAAUGAACAAGUGCGCGAUCUACUCUCCGUUGGCACUUCUCAAAAAAGACUUGGGAUUUGGAAUACUGCUCAACCAAAUGGGUUGGCUGUUCCUGAUGCUAGCAUCCAUCCUGUUACAUCAACUGCGGAUGUCUUGGAAUUGAUGAGCAUUGGACUAAUGAAUAGGGCUGUAGGUGCAACUGCCCUAAACGAAAGAAGCAGCCGAUCCCACAGUGUCCUUACUGUUCACGUUCGUGGCGUGGAUUUGGAGACUGAUGCUGUUUUGCGCGGUAGUCUACAUUUGGUAGAUCUUGCUGGCAGCGAAAGAGUAGAUCGCUCGGAAGCAACGGGAGACAGGCUACGAGAAGCUCAACAUAUAAACAAAUCUUUAUCAGCACUAGGAGAUGUGAUAUAUGCUCUAGCACAAAAGAGCCCACAUAUCCCAUACAGAAAUAGCAAAUUAACUCAAGUUCUCCAAAGCUCUUUGGGUGGUCAAGCAAAGACUCUCAUGUUUGUACAGCUUAAUCCUGAUGUUGAGUCCUAUUCCGAAACUAUAAGCACAUUGAAGUUUGCUGAGAGGGUCUCCGGUGUUGAGUUAGGUGCUGCACGGAGCAACAAAGAGGGAAGAGGUGUGAGAGAUCUCAUGGAACAGGUGGCUUUACUGAAGGACUCAAUAACACAAAAAGAUGAAGAGAUUGGAAGGUUGCAGCUGUUGAAAACUAGUGUAAAUGGUGAGAGACGUGAUAUGAGCUCACCAAGGUAUGGGUCUUCCUCUCCCAGAAGGCAUUCAGUAGGCGUCCCACAGCCACGCCGUUCACUAUCAGGGGGGAAAAUCUCUGGGCUCAUUGAGAAAUCAGUUUCUGACAAGGACAAUAGCUCAGAAUACAGUGACAAACAUUCUGAAGCUGGUUCUCAGCAAUCAAUGGAUGACUUUAGACACCAUAAGGAUUUCUUUGCACAGUCAAGGCUUGCGGUGACAGAUGGAGGUCAAAGUAUCUCCGAAGAUAUUGAAUCAAGGCUUGGUUCAGUGGAGGGAUGUCAAAAUACUACAGAGGAUGUCGAGCUUUUGGGCUUCGGGGAUGCAGAUCUGGAGGAGAGAUUAAGUGACAUAUCGGAUGGUGAACUUUCAAUGGGUACAGAAACUGAUGGUUCGAUAAAUAGUAUUGUGGAGUUAACUCUUUUCCCGGAAACGUUAAAAGCACCAGCAGAUAGCAAAGAAAAGCGCAGCUUGCCAUCUAAACUUCCCAGACCUCCACAAAAGCCAGGGCUAAAAGGAUCUUCUCGCUUGUCAUUGCCCAGGGCCUCCACGAAAGUUUCAUCAAGUUCUAAGAAACCAAGUGCUAGCGGCUCCUCUUCGACCAAGUCCGCUAAACAACGGCAGUAAAUUAGGUGGCGAAUUCGGCAGCAAAAGACUACUUGCAAGCCUUCCCGGUCUUUAACAUUUAGCAGUCGUUUGGGCUAAUGUAUUUGGAAAACGAAACUUGCUUAUUCUUGUCUUCCAUUAAACUUAAGCGUAGCCCGUUCGCAUGAUUCUCCAGUAUUGUAGGGGUUAACUACAGUUUAGCAUGUAACUAUGUAUAGGGUGUCGAUCUUGAUGUAACUUCCACAUGAGGAGAUCUAUUAUUAUGCCCCUCUUCGUGUAUGAAAAGGGUGUUCGGAACCUUGAAGGAACGACCAUUUUCGUCCCGGUAGAAAGAUCUUAAAACACUUCUUUCACUGAUUGGUUUAA